AGAAGUUUGCCGAGUGCUUUUCACGCCGGCUGGUGCGGGACUCGCCCUGCGCCCCAGCGCUCCGCGCCGCCUCCUCCGGCUACCGCCGCCUCGUUCUCCCGGGGAUCCCUUGUCUUUGGAAGACGGACGCUCGGCGGGCGGGAAGUGGAGGUGGACCAGGACGAGUGCCCGGGAGGCGCGGCGGGGAACCAUUCCACUGACAGCUCCGCGUCGGGCACCCCGCGGGGUGCGUGGCGCUCCGGCUCGCGGCGAACCUCGCCGGCCUUCUCGCCGCCGCCGCCGGGCGGGCCGGCGAUGCAGCCUCCGAGUCCCGGGACUCCGGGGAGAGCCUAGAGCUCGCCCUCUGCCCGGUCGGGGCGAGGAGGAGGAGGCCAUGGAGUGGUGAGCGCCCCCGACCCCGGAUCGGCGAGGCCGCCCGCGGCAGGCUCCCAUGGCCGGGACGUACAGCUCCACUUUGAAAACGCUGGAGGACUUGACCUUGGACUCCGGGUAUGGGGCGGGGGACUCGUGCCGCUCGCUCAGCCUGUCGUCCUCCAAGUCCAACUCGCAGGCGCUCAACUCUUCGGCGCAGCAGCACCGCGGGGCGGCCUGGUGGUGCUACUCGGGCUCCAUGAACAGUCGCCACAACAGCUGGGACACGGUGAACACGGUGCUGCCCGAGGAUCCCGAAGUGGCCGACCUCUUCUCGCGCUGCCCGCGGCUCCCCGAGCUGGAGGAGUUCCCCUGGACCGAGGGAGACGUGGCCCGGGUACUCCGCAAAGGCGCCGGCGGGGGCCGGCGGAUGCCCGCCUUCUCCUCCGAGGCGGUGCGGCGCCUGGCGGGGCUGCUGCGCCGGGCGCUCAUCCGCGUGGCCCGCGAGGCGCAGCGCCUGAGCGUGCUGCACGCCAAGUGCACCCGCUUCGAGGUGCAGAGCGCCGUGCGCCUGGUGCACAGCUGGGCGCUGGCCGAGAGCUGCGCGCUGGCCGCCGUCAAGGCGCUGUCGUUGUACAGCAUGAGCGCGGGCGACGGGCUGCGGCGGGGCAAGUCGGCCCGCUGCGGCCUCACCUUCUCCGUGGGCCGUUUCUUCCGCUGGAUGGUGGACACUCGCAUCUCCGUGCGCAUCCACGAGUACGCAGCCAUCUCGCUCACCGCCUGCAUGGAGAACCUGGUGGAGGAGAUCCGGGCCAGGGUGUUGGCCAGCCAGAGCCCCGACGGUGGCGGCGGUGGAGGGGCGGGAGGUGGAGAGGUAUCAGCGGAAGCCUUGGAGAUGGUCAUCAACAACGAUGCGGAGCUGUGGGGCGUCCUGCAGCCCUACGAGCACCUCAUCUGCGGCAAGAACGCCAACGGCGUCCUCUCUCUGCCUGCCUACUUCAGUCCCUACAAUGGCGGGUCCCUGGGCCACGAUGAGCGUGCGGACGCCUAUGCUCAGCUGGAGUUGCGGACCCUGGAGCAAUCUCUCCUGGCCACAUGUGUGGGCAGCAUCUCGGAACUGAGUGACCUGGUCUCCAGAGCUAUGCACCACAUGCAAGGGCGCCACCCACUGUGUGCAGGCACCAGCCCUGCCCGCCAGGCCCGCCAGCCGCCGCAGCCCAUCACCUGGUCCCCCGAUGCUCUCCACACCCUCUACUACUUCCUGCGCUGUCCACAGAUGGAGUCCAUGGAGAACCCCAACUUGGACCCCCCAAGAAUGACCCUGAACAAUGAAAGGCCCUUCAUGCUGCUGCCGCCGCUGAUGGAGUGGAUGCGCGUGGCCAUCACCUAUGCCGAGCACCGCCGCAGCCUCACGGUGGACAGUGGGGACAUCCGGCAGGCAGCCCGGCUGCUGCUGCCCGGCCUGGACUGCGAGCCCCGACAGCUCAAACCUGAAUGCUGCUUCAGUUCCUUCCGGAGGCUGGACGCCCGAGCUGCCACGGAAAGAUUCAACCAGGACCUGGGCUUCCGCAUGCUCAACUGCGGGAGGACGGACCUCAUCAGCCAGGCCAUCGAGGCCUUGGGCCCAGACGGGGUGAAUACCAUGGACGACCAGGGUAUGACACCACUGAUGUAUGCCUGUGCUGCUGGGGAUGAAGCCAUGGUCCAGAUGUUGAUUGAUGCCGGAGCAAACUUGGACAUCCAGGUUCCAAGCAACUCUCCCAGACACCCCUCCAUCCACCCCGACAGCAGGCACUGGACCUCACUAACAUUUGCUGUAUUGCACGGACACAUCUCUGUAGUGCAGUUGCUGCUGGACGCUGGUGCCCACGUGGAAGGAUCGGCAGUGAACAGCGGCGAGGACAGCUACGCGGAGACGCCCCUGCAGCUGGCCUCUGCGGCCGGGAACUACGAGCUCGUGAGCCUGCUGCUGAGCCGAGGUGCCGACCCCCUCCUCAGCAUGCUGGAAGCCAACGGCAUGGCCUCCUCCCUCCACGAGGACAUGAACUGCUUCAGCCACUCGGCCGCCCACGGCCACAGGAAUGUCCUAAGGAAGCUCCUGACUCAGCCGCAGCAAGCCAAAGCGGAUGUGCUGUCCCUGGAGGAGAUCCUGGCGGAGGGAGUCGAGGAAAGCGACACUUCGAGCCAGGGCAGCGGCAGCGAGGGCCCCUUGCGGCUGAGCCGGACCCGCACCAAAGCGCUGCAGGAGGCCAUGUACUACAGCGCUGAGCAUGGCUACGUGGACAUUACCAUGGAGCUGAGGGCCCUGGGCGUCCCCUGGAAGCUGCACAUCUGGAUCGAGUCCCUGCGAACCUCCUUCUCCCAGUCCCGGUACUCGGUGGUGCAGAGCCUCCUGCGGGACUUCAGCUCCAUUAAGGAGGAAGAGUACAACGAGGAGUUGGUGACCGAGGGCUUGCAGCUCAUGUUCGACAUCCUCAAGACCAGCAAGAACGACUCCGUCAUCCAGCAGCUGGCCACCAUCUUCACACACUGCUACGGCACCAGCCCCAUCCCCAGCAUCCCAGAAAUCCGGAAGACCCUGCCCGCCAGGCUAGAUCCUCACUUUCUAAACAACAAGGAGAUGUCAGAUGUAUCCUUCCUCGUGGAGGGGAAGCUGUUUUAUGCACACAAAGUCCUGCUGGUGACCGCUUCUAACAGAUUCAAGACACUAAUGACCAAUAAAUCGGAACAUGAUGGAGACAGCAGCAAAACGAUUGAGAUCAGCGACAUGAAGUACCACAUUUUUCAGCUGAUGAUGCAGUAUCUGUACUAUGGCGGGACAGAGUCCAUGGAAAUCCCUACUGCUGACAUCUUGGAGCUGCUGUCAGCCGCCAGCCUGUUCCAGCUGGAUGCCCUGCAGAGACACUGCGAGAUCCUGUGCUCCCAGACGCUCAGCGUGGAGAGCGCCGUGAACACCUACAAAUAUGCCAAGAUCCACAACGCCCCUGAACUGGCCCUGUUCUGUGAGGGCUUCUUCCUCAAGCACAUGAAGGCCCUCUUGGAGCAGGAUGCCUUCCGGCAGCUCAUCUACAGUCGCAGCAGCAAAGUACAGGGGCUGGAUCCACUGCAGGACCUGCAGAGCACCCUGGCCGAGCGUGUACAUUCUGUCUAUGUCACCUCCCGAGUGUGAGAUGGGGGCGGGGGGGCGCCUUAGACCUUCUAGGAGCCAAGCUCCUUCCCCAGGGCCCUCACCACUGGUGGUGAUCUAUCCUUGGGUAGAUAGAUGCCCGAGCCUGUUUGCCCCAUCAGUGACUGACAAGGCAGGGUAUGAUCAAAAGGUGACCUAUGUCUGCAACUUCAUAGGAUUUGCACCUUGAGGUUCACUCUAUGGCUCCUGCAUGCUCAGCAGCAGGUCUUGAUCCACCUGGGUUCAGUUCACCCCACCCAAGAGAGGCUCUUGGGAGUGUGGGCAUCCCUAAGAAUGUAUAGAAUGUCAUCUCUCUGCACCCCAGACAACUGAAUGCAAAAACUUGCAUUUAGUUUCUCAAAUGUCACAGAGGAAGGCUGCCCAAAUCGUGGGCCCACCCUCCAGGUUGUGCCUUUGAAAGGCCUAAGCUAAGGGCCUGGCACUGAGUCUGCCUCCCUCCCCCUUCAGGGCUGCUAACGUUCGUCUAGGCUCUCAAGGCCAGGGUGUAAGAGGGUACAGCAUAGGAGUUUGGGGGCAUCAGCUCUUGCUGCUGUAGCUCAGGGCCAAAGGAAAGGAACCUCAGGCUGGACUUCGGCCGCCUCUGUGAGCUGGGGUAACAGUACUUCCACAUUCCCCGGGCUCAGUCUCGAGUGCAAGGUUCUUUUAACUCAGGACUGGACAGAGGGUCACACCCUCACUGGGACUGGAACCUUGGGCAUAGAAGUCCCAGCACUGGUGGGAGGGAAGAGCUAAAGAAGACCAUCACCACAUCCCAGCCCUGCCUCCCCUUGCAGUCUUGGCUCCUUACCAACUGGCCUGUUUAUAGACCGGACACUGGGACAGCAUCAGGACAGCUUGCUCUAGGUGCCGCCUGGCUGCACUGUAGAAAUUAUUUAUUCAUCAGAAGACCUGGGCAAUUCAGGAGAUGUCUCUUGGAUCACCUUGAAACUCCCCCAGGGACUUAACAUUUUUGGAAAAUAUUUUCAACUAGUGCUUGAGCUGGAUGUACAAAGAAUAGGUGUUAUUUUAUUGCUGUAAUAUUGUAUGAUACUGUAACAUUAAUGUCACUUACUGUAAAUGUACUAUGGUUUUAUUAACAAUAAACACAAUAACAAUGA